AUGUUUAGAAAGAACCAAACUAUGAUCAAAGAUUUCAUCCUCCUGGGAUUUACCGGAGCUCCUGUUCAGCAGCAUUUACUCUUUGCCGUGUUCUUCCUCAUCUAUAUUACCACAAUGAUGGGUAACAUAUCCAUAGUCGUUGCCUACAGGCUUACUCCGUCUCUUCACACACCGAUGUACUUUUUUCUUGCCAAUUUAUCAUUCCUGGAGAUAUGUUACAUUUCUGCCACCGUGCCCAAAAUGUUGUCAAACUUCCUAUCAGUCCACAAGACCAUCCCGAUCUCCGGCUGUGCCAUACAGAUGUAUUGUUUUAUACUUUUGGGUGGAACGGAGUGCUACCUGCUAGCAGUGAUGGCGUAUGAUCGCUAUAACGCUAUAUGUCACCCUCUUUUAUAUGGGACCAUUAUGAAUAAAAGAAGAUGUGUACAGCUGGUAACUAUCUCUUGGAUGGGUGGCGCUGUUAACUCUUUAAUACAUACACUGCUCACUUUUAACUUGUCCUUCUGUGGAAACAAUAAGAUCAAUCAUUUCUUCUGUGACAUCCCACCUAUAAUGCAGUUGGCCUGCACAGCCACCAAGACAAAUGAGAUUGUCCUCCUGGUGGCAUGCGGUUGUGUCAUUGUCAGCUCCUUCCUAUUAACCCUCACCUCCUACACACACAUCAUCACAACCGUUCUGAAUAUAAAGUCCACAUCGGGAAGGAAGAAAGCGUUCUCCACCUGCACCUCUCACCUCAUAGUCGUCACUUUGUUUUAUGGUUCUGCUAUUUUUAUGUAUUUUAGGCCUAAAUCCAGUUACACAAUGGAUCAAGACAGGGUAAUAUCUACUCUAUAUGCUUUUAUCGCUCCAUUGCUCAAUCCCUUCAUCUACAGCCUCAGGAACAGUGAUGUUAAGGCAGCUCUUGAGAAGGUGCUUAAUCUAAAGCUAUUCAUACACAUGGGAAUGUGA